AUGAAGUUGGGGUUGUUUCCCGUGGACCGGGAUAAUCUCCGAAGGGACGGACUUGUCCUUUUUAGCAAGCUCAUUCGCACAAAAAACGUAGAAAACCUUCAAGAGCAAGCGGUUUCUUCAAGAGGAGGAGACGACCGGAAGCAGAAACUCACGAAAUGCCUAACAACCCUCGACCUGACUUCCUUAGGAGUCGGUAGCUGUGUGGGAACAGGGAUGUAUUUGGUUUCUGGAAUGGUUGCAAAAAGAUCCGCCGGACCCGGAGUAAUUUUUAGUUUUAUCAUCGCAGCAGUUGCUAGUAUAUUUUCAGGGGCGUGUUAUGCCGAAUUUGGAGUGAGAGUGCCCCACACAACGGGUUCUGCAUACAUGUACUCGUACGUAACAGUGGGAGAAUUCAUAGCGUUCGUAAUAGGUUGGAAUAUGAUUUUGGAGUACCUGAUUGGAACAAGCGCAUGUGCAUGUGCCCUUAGCGCUUGUUUAGAUGCCUUAAUGAACGGGGCCAUUUCUGAUGCAGUCUAUCAAAGUUUAGGAACCAUAUUUGGUAAAUCCCCGGAUUUCUUAGCGUUCGUGAUAACAAUUUUAAUGACGCUGCUGUUAACAGCGGGAGUAAAGAAGUCCUUAAUUUUUAACAACAUUCUCAAUGCGAUUAAUUUAGCGGUGUGGGUAUUUGUAAUGUCAGCGGGUCUGUUUUAUGUGAAGGCAUCCAACUGGACGGAACACGGGGGUUUCCUUCCGCACGGCUGGUCUGGGGUAUUUACUGGGGCAGCAACUUGUUUCUACGCCUUUAUUGGUUUCGACAUAAUUGCAACCACCGGCGAGGAAGCAACUAAUCCAAAAAAGUCUAUCCCAUUAGCAAUUAUCACUAGCUUAGGAAUUAUAUUAACGGCGUACGUUACGAGCUCCAUGAUGCUUACUUUAAUAGUACCGUACACUGAAGUGGACGAGAACUCUGCAUUAGUAAAAAUGUUCGACCAGGUCGGGGCCUACAAUUGUAAAUAUAUUGUCGCAAUUGGUGCCUUUGCGGGACUUACGGUCAGCAUGUUUGGAUCGAUGUUCCCUAUGCCACGAGUCAUUUAUGCAAUGGCUCAAGACGGCGUUAUUUUUAGAAUAUUAGCUCAAGUGUGGCCCAGUACUGGCACGCCUGCUAUUGCAACUUUGGGCAGCGGAUUAGCUGCUGCUCUUGCAGCACUUAUUAUUAGUUUAGACGUCCUUGUUGAAAUGAUGUCGAUUGGUACGUUGUUAGCGUACACAUUGGUAUCGACGUGCGUUCUAAUUCUAAGAUAUCAACCGCAUUCGACAAACUUAGUGGAACUGCUACCACAAAGUCUUCGUACGCCAAUCAAAGGUUCGCCCACAAAGGAGACAAUUUCCCAAGCUCCGAACGGCCAGGGUCUUUAUACCAAUCAAUUACAGCCAGACGCUCUACGACAAGCUUUAGAUUCUAAUCUGUCAUCGCAAGUUCCUUCCUUAUCCCCAUCCCCUAUCCCUACUCAACCAACACAAAGGGUUAUGGUCAGAAGAAUCACUAGAAGCUCUCCUGAUAGUGACGACACGUACCCGGGAGAUCAAGAAGAUGAAUUUUCAAUGAGAGAUGACCAAUUCUUGGUGUCGGAUCGAACGGAAAAUAAGUUUUAUGGUACGUUACAUGGGGGUGGCAGCACUGCAAGUACCGGGGGAGUCAUUGGAUCCACUGUGGGACCUAGUAUGGGUUAUAUAGGGCGGAGACUUCAGGCCGCGACAUACCUUUUCCCAGCAAUAUUUCCCUGGGUAGACACCGGACCCCCCACCGAAGAGUCCGGAAUGUUCGUAAUGAAAAUGGUCGGAUUAUUGUACAUUUUCAUUAUUAUUUUUGAUCUCAUAAUAGUGUUGGGUAUGCACAAUAUGACAACUGCCACAACCGUUUUCUUAUUCCUAUUUUUCUUCUUUAUCAUUGGCGUUUUACUAGCUAUAUCGCGAAAACCCCAAAACAGGAACGCUGUCAUGUUUAUGACCCCUGGUCUACCAUUUGUACCAGCAAUUGCAGUUACUGUUAACAUUUACCUUAUAUUUAAACUUUCUUACUUAACGUUGGUUCGAUUUACUAUUUGGAUGACUUUAGGUUUCAUAAUGUACUUUUACUACGGUAUAAAACAUAGCACCCUUGAAGAAGGGAGCGAAAUAGAUCAAAACAUUGAACUUACAGUCACUGACCAUGGAAACUCAGAUAAAAUGAAUUAUCAGCCGCAAUACACCGCUGCAACUAUACCAAAUUAUAGUACGAACCAACCCCAGCCAGUUUACAAUAACUGGGAUACGUCCUGGAAUCAAGCGGAUCCUUGGAGUACCACCACCCAGCAGUGGAGCGGCGCUCCAGGAACAGAUCAACAGUUCCAGGUGGAGCAGCAGUACAAUAUGAAAAGCAACACAACUAGAUCGGUAAUUUCAGAUGCGGCACCCCAGUCGCACGUUUCCUCAACGGGAGGCAAAGGUCAAGGGACUUCGCUUUUCUUAAGUGACAAUGCCUUCCCCACGUGGGACGACUAGUAAGUCUUUCUUUCGGCGAAGAAUUUUCAAAAAGCAAAGUCCCGUCACUUGUUAUAGGAAUUUAAAAUGAUAUUGACAUAUUGUAAAUUAUAAUUAUUAGUAAAUAUCUGGUUGUUAUUCAAGGUGACAUGGUAAUUAAUAAUUAUAUUAUAUUGAAUAUUAUUAAUGAAAAAGUGAUUUUUACAUGACUGAUAACGAUGUUUCGUAAAGUGUAUAAGUAUGUAGUUGAAAGUCUUAAAACUGCAAUCGUAUCGUUGAACUUCCCUAAAUUGACAGUACAAUUUAAAUGAACUGAAAGGACCUUUAAAAUGCUACUUCAAAAUAUGGUAUGUAAACUUGUGUUUAAAUGAAUAAAUAUUAUUAGCAGUUAUAUUUCCAAAUUUUACAAUAAAAAUUAAUUAAUUAAAUUAAGACUAUUAAGUCAAAAAAGAGGAACCCAAAACCAAAAUACAUACCUCCAACUUGUAUAAAAUUACAUCAAAGAAAAAUUUUGAGUGCAGAAUCUUGUAAGAUAAAUUAAAGAUAAAUAUAAAGCUUUUCUCCUGCUUGACUUAAAUAUGAUUAUCAACUAAAAUAAAAUGACAGACAAAAUCUAUAUAAUAUCAUAUAAAUCUUAAACGCGUUUCGAUGCCCAUAAUGUUGUUCUCAAUUGGAGACUAAAUAAAACGUAAAUUUUAUUUAAACUUAGUCUCAAAUUAAAAGUGACACCUUGGAUGUCGACAUCAGUUUUAGAUUUUGAAUUUAAUUUGUAAUAGGUACUAAUAAAAUCAAUUUUAACUAUCAAGCAUACACAGAGCGUCAACAAGAUCGAAUUAAAUCUAUACCACUACACCCUGUAGCUACAUUCAAUAUGCGGUUUUAAGACUCACCUGUUUUAUUGUUAAAGGGGUCGUUUUUAAGCUCACAUUCUAAACUAUUUAUGUAUGUCUAUACUAAAACUAUACAGUAUUUCGUGCUUACUUCGUAAGAAAAUGUGUAUUACUAUCAAUUAACAGAGACAAAAACAACUGUUUCAAACUCUGAUACACUUCUAUAUCCAUUUUGAAAAGACUUACGUAGAAAUAUUAUCAUCUUCGCGAUGAUACUAUUGUAUGAGUGUAUUACGAUUAAUAUGUCGUAAGUUUUAUUGUUUACUUCCAAACAAAACAAAAAAAAAACUUUAAAAAGCAUGUGAUAAAAUUCAAAUAUUAAUUGUUAUCUCUACACACAUAUAUAUAUAUAAAAAAUAUGUAUAUAGUUAUGAUACGUGUUUAUGUACAGGGUGCUUCAAUAAUAUUUAGAGUCCAUAAGCAUGAAAUUCAAAGUUACUCCCAGUAACCUAGGAGGUGCCAUUAAAUGGCACUGUAAAUUUUCUUUAGUCAUUAACAAGGACCGUAAUUGUGUUGCAGUGCCCUGUGUUUUUUUUAAAUGUAAACUUCAAAUAAAAACGUGUUUGUGAUUGAUUAAUGAAGGUAAUUGUCUUGUAUAUUUCAAUUUUUAAGAACUGUUACCAUAAUUAUAAACGUAGAGUGUAUUAAAUUUUACUGAAGUUUACAUUGUAAAUGAAAAGAGAAUCUAAAUUUUAAGUAAAUUUACUGUAGUUCAUUCUCUCUGUAUACUCCGAGUGGUUGCUAAAUACUUAUACAAAUUCAUACUUUUAAAUCGCAUAAGUUACAGGCUAUCGCAAAUUCUGUUUACUCGAAAAUUUAACGCAUAAAUUCGAUUUUACUACCCUCUCAAAGCAGUAAAUAUAUCAUUAUAAAUAGUAACGGUGUUAUAUGAUAGUCGGUAAAAUAUAAUAAAAACUAUCAACUCGGUUUUGUUACACAAAUAUGCAUAUUAUCCAAUUUGUUUAAGAAAACACCCUAAGAACCCCUAUAAACGUAAUCUAAGUUUAAUAUACCUAACAUUAGUCGAUAAUAUUGCAAUAUCAAAUCUGGUUAGAACAAUUGCACAUUGAACUUGUACAGCAAAUUAAUAACUCUUCUAACUAGAAACCUUUAAAGUAAUUAUUUCUACAAUACUAUUAUACAUAUAAAGCGUUAAAUUUUUGAAAAUUGUUUAUGAGCACGUUCGUCUCUAGAUUUGUUAGCAAAUUUUUAAAUAAGAGAGUUGUUUGUUCAACAACCUAUGGCAAUUUUAUUCCAAACAAAAAAGUGGAAUUCGUAUGUUAGUUAGCUUUACUCCUUGUUUUCCAUUGUCUUAUAAAUUGAACAGUAUUGUUAUUAUCACGCUGUUUGUAAAUACACUGAACUGAAUAUUUAUAUAUCAUAAAACAGUGCCUGGAUUGAAAUUCUGUUGUUAGU